AUGUCCACCAGUGACAAUCCUAACUCAUCAGAGUCCGGGAAUACUGAAUGCAAUGGACCAACCGAAAUGGAAUUGGCUCAGCUUUUGGUCAAGACUCUUGUGCCGUCCUUCAGGAAGGAAAUUCGUCUUCAGGCACUUAUAGCAUAUCAAGUUGAUGGGGAAAACUAUCGAAGUCUAAUUGUGGAUCGAUGCUUUAAGCGGGAUUCGAGUGAAGACCCCAGCAACUCUAAAAGCGAACCGAAAUCUCCAGAAAUGACAGCCACUUCACCACUGAAUGAUUCAGGAAUUGAAUGUGGUGACACACCAGCCCAAAAUGGAGGACCGGCAAAUCAACCCGUUUCAAGGAGGAAGCGAAGAUUCUGUCGACCGUGCAAGAUCCCACAAAGUCCUCAAAUAGAAGAAUCGACACCUCCGAAAAUUCCAGAAAUGGAACCGCAUUUAGUCCUUCCCACCACCUUAUCGGAUGUUAACGAAACAAUUACUCCCGCCUUAAUGAACGCCUUAACGAGUGCCGCUCAACUGGAGCCAAAACAUCAAGUCCCAAUCCUCCCAAAUAUUAGCAUCUCUACUUUGAAUAAAAUAAUCAUUUCCCCAAUUUCAUCAACGAAAACAGCAAACAGUGUUACUACAAGUACUCCCAGACCUAUUCUUCCAAGACCGAUUACAGGAACAAUAACUUCCACCCCGAUUACCACAACCUUCCAACCUCCUGCUAACCUCCAAGAUCAUUCCACAGAUGGUGCGGAGCAAGGUGAAAAUGAUGACGCCUUAGCUUCAAGCCGACGUUAUGGAAAGUCCUUCAUUUGCAAUCAAUGCAAACUAGCCUUCCUUUCUCUCAACUCACUCUGUGAGCACACCUAUUCCCAACACAAGUCCUUUCGAUGCAACUUCUGUGGUGCUCAGUUUACUCAACGCUCUAACCUUCAAAGACAUUCCCUUAGACACGUUGGUUUCAAACCAUUUGUUUGUGGCGUGUGCCAAAAAGAGUAUUACCGGAAAGACCAUCUCGUGAGACAUAUUGAAGUCACUCAUCCAGGAACUGAUGCUAAGAAGAACAUAAUUGUGAAGCUAAGUUCGGCGGAAUGUUUGGACUACCUGGAUGCCAUCACCCAACAACACUCACAACCGUUGCCAAAUGGACAGGUAGAGUCAAUAGCUAAGCAGCAGGAGGAGGAGCCAUCAACUUCCAACGGAGUGACAUCCAGUGAGGCAGAAGUGCCAAUUCCCAUAGAGACGGCUGGUUCAAAUGCGGCUUGA